UGGCAUUGAGUGGGUUGAUGGACGAGCCCCGUUUCCGCCGACUCAUCAAGUUCCAGGCGCGCCGAAGAGAAGGCCUCGGUGGUAGCGACGUAGAGAUUCUCACCGAAACAGCGCAUGUCCUCAUGUGCGACGACCCGCGAUUGUCGUUCACUGCCUACCGAAUGAGCAUCCGCAGUGCCGACGACGUAUUGCACCACGCGGCACUCGCUCGAGACCGGGAUCCGAAUGAUGGCGGGCGCUGGGUGCUCGAAAAGUGUUACUCGGAGUUCGAGAAGUUCCGGAAGCUGCUCCUGAAGCAUAUUGAGCACUGGGAGAACAACGUCAACUAUGAGUUUGCGCACCAAAAAACAAAGGAAAUUGUUAAGGGCCACGGAGAUACACGCACCAUCUUCGCUGUCGUGUCAAAUGCCCUACGCCGCGCCAUCUCGCCGCAGUUCCCUAAGAAGCGUAUCUGCGUGGAUACUCCCAAGAUCAUUGCUGAGCGAGUCGAGGGCUUGACUGAGUUCGUGCGCAAGCUCAUGGGCGUGUACAUCGACCUGGGACUAUAUCUAAGUAACAACCAGCUGCACUCCAGCACCUUCGCCUCAUCUUACGAGCUGCUCCAUCAUAUGCAGACAGACAUCGAGGAGUUCUUGAGAGUGCCGCAACUUCAGAAGGAUGCGGAAAUACGCCGGCAGUCGGCUGUGCUGGCACUUGAAAACUUCGACGAGUUACCAGGGGUGAACCAUGACGACAAUUCCGCUGAACCUGUGUGUUGCAUUUGCCUGAACGAGGAGGACCCCACCGAUUCCGAAAAAGCACCACUUGUGCAGCUUCCGUGCCACCAUCACUUUCACGAGGACUGCGUCAUCGACUGGUUCAGCGCCAGCACCACGUGCCCACUUUGCCGCCGCACAACGGCCAGCCGUACCGUAUAACCGCAUACCAAUGUACUGUUAAACACUUCGUAGGCCUACGGGAUGCAUAAGUUAGCUGUAGCGCCGUCUUGCGUCGAACAUCAAAGCAACUCCACUUGUCUGCAGAAUUUACACUGCAUCUGCGUCUUGGUACCGGAUCGUAAAACAGUAAUUGCCUUCUUGAAACACCGAAAUAUCCAGGCAGGGCGUCGCCAGAGAUUUGCUCGCCGUCAACAUUGCUUUGAUCACGGAACUUUAGAGAACCCUCCGCCAUCAACACCAUUCUUCG